AUCCAUUCCUUUCCAUCCAUCUCUCGGCUCUUGAGCUCUACCAGCAGCAGACAUGGCGUCCUCCACUGUUGUUACUCCGACCCGGUUCCUCGGCCAAACCCGGACUUCAACAAGCGCCAACCCUCUCAGGGAUGUCGUCGCCAUGGGAAGAGGAAGGAUCACCAUGGGGAAUGAACUGUGGUACGGACCAGACCGCGUCAAGUACUUGGGACCCUUCUCAGCUCAGACGCCGUCCUACCUCAGGGGCGAGUUCCCCGGCGACUACGGUUGGGACACCGCCGGGCUCUCCGCCGACCCCGAAGCCUUUGCGAGGAACAGAGCUCUGGAGGUGAUCCAUGGCAGGUGGGCGAUGCUGGGGGCGCUGGGCUGCAUCACCCCGGAGGUCCUGGAGAAGUGGCUGAAGGUGGACUUCAAGGAGCCCGUGUGGUUCAAAGCAGGGGCGCAGAUCUUCUCGGAAGGCGGGCUCGACUACCUCGGCAACCCCAACCUCGUUCACGCCCAGAGCAUACUGGCAGUGCUGGGGUUCCAGGUCGUGCUCAUGGGCUUGGUGGAGGGUUUCCGCAUCAACGGACUCGCCGGAGUCGGGGAGGGCAACGACCUGUACCCCGGCGGCACCUACUUCGACCCCCUCGGCCUCGCCGACGACCCCGUCACCUUCGCCGAGCUCAAGGUGAAGGAGAUCAAGAACGGGAGGCUGGCGAUGUUCUCCAUGUUUGGGUUCUUCGUGCAGGCGAUCGUGACGGGGAAGGGGCCGCUGGAGAACCUCUUGGAUCACCUCGACAACCCUGUCACAAACAAUGCCUGGGUUUAUGCCACCAAGUUCGUGCCAGGCUCCUAAAUCUCCCUCGCCAUCGAUUGCAAGAACAAGAGAAAUGUGCAUGCUGCAUGCUUGCUGUAUGUAGGAGAAGCUAUUGAUUGCUGUGUAUUGCUGCUACAUUUAGGAUGUUCUCUAAUCAUACCUCUCAAUUCACUCGUUCUCUGCAGAACCUGCUCAACUUUCA